GCUGGGAGCGAGGAUAAUGCUCCAUCCCUCAGCGUACAGCAGCACGCCGGGCUCCUUGUAAUUUCUUGGGGCAACAGCGGCUGUGGGGAAGAGGAGGGUCUUCAUUGUUGCAGCAGUGAUUAUCUUUUCUUUUUUUUCCCUUUAUCCAGUCUUCAUCAUCUUCCUGCUCGCCCCUCCUCGCUCCUUACUCCUUUGCAACUGGCAACCGCUGGGCUCCCCCUUCUCUCUUUUUCUACUUGUGUCCCUUUUUUUCUGAGGAGGCAUUUCUGUAUUUCUUCAGGGAUUGUAGAAGAGAUGUCUCUCUGGGAAUGAUGAUGUUGCCACUUGUGCCGCCCUUUCUGUCACCAUGACGAUGCCGUUCAGCCCCCUGUCCAGCGACGAGGAGCAACAAAGGAUGCUGGGAAACAACCGACAUCUCUAUCCAGGGGCAGAGAACGAAGAAGAGGAGGAGGAAGAGGAGGAGGAGGAAAUGGAAGAAGAUGAGCGUGAAGAGGACCAGGAGGAGGAGAAUGGGGAGCUGGAGGGGGAAGAGGAAGACUAUGAAGAGGAGGUGGUGGAGGAGGUCAGGCGAGGUGGCUUGUCAAGGGGAGGCAGGGCUGAGGGACACAGGCAGUCAGGUAAACUGGCCGGAAGACCCACGGGGGACAGACAGAUCCGGCCAGGGAACCCUGGACACACCACAAACCCUUACUCGUCCAAUCCUGGACCCACGCACCAACAACCAGCCAAUCACCAGCAGAGGAGGCUGAAGGAGCGCAGCACCGGCUCAGUUCCGUCUGAAGACACCCACAUUGCCAUGAUGGUGUUCCGCAUCGGCAUCCCAGACAUAAAGCAAACGAAAUGUUUGCGCUUUAACCCAGAUGCCACGGUGUGGAAGGCCAAGCAGCAGGUGCUGUGCUCCCUGACUGAAUCUCUGCGGGACGUCCUGAACUAUGGUCUGUUCCAGCCCGCCACUGAUGGUCAUGAUGCCAAAUUCCUAGAGGAGGAGAGGCUGCUCAGAGAGUACCCACAGUCCUUUGAAAAAGGGGUACCAUAUUUAGAGUUUCGAUACAAGACCAGGGUGUACAAACAGACCAAUCUGGAUGAGAAGCAACUGGCAAAACUGCACACCAAGGCUAGUCUGAAGAAAUUCAUGGAUUAUAUCCAAACCAGCGCUGUGGACAAGAUGUCCAAGUUUUUAGACAAAGGCCUCGAUCCCAACUAUCAGGACCCUGACACCGGCGAGACUGCUCUGUCCCUGGCGGUGCAGUGUGAGCCGGGUGGAGGUGAGGCCAUCCGGGUCCUGGUGGAGGGAGGGGCUCACAUUGACUUCCGCGCCAAAGAUGGACUCACACCCUUACACAAAGCUGUGCGAGGCCACCGCCAUACAGCCCUGCUGGUCCUGCUGUCCCUGGGUGCAUCUGCAGACUAUAAGGACCGGCGAGGGCUGACGCCACUCUACCACACUGUGCUGACAGGCGGGGACACCUCCUGCUGUGAAACAUUGCUUUACCACCACGCCAAACUGGGCAUCAGGGAUGAGAACGGCUGGGACGAGACACAUCAGGCCUGUCAAAAUGGUAACUCGCAGCAUCUGGAGCACCUCCUCUUCUAUGGGGCAGAUUCUUCCUCCCAGAAUGCCUCUGGAAACACUGCCUUGCACAUCUGUGCUUUAUACAACAAGGAAAGCUGUUCACGAAUUCUGCUCUACCGAGGAGCAAAUAAAGACACAAAGAACAAUAGUGGGCAGACCCCUUUUCAGGUGGCUGUUAUGUCCGGCAAUUUUGAGCUGGGAGAAAUCAUCAAAAACCACCGGGACACAGAUGUGGUUCCCUUUGUGGAGUCUCCUAAGUACGCACCGCAGAGGCGAGAAAGCACCCGUACCCUGACGAUACCCCACCCUCACCCCUUCCUUCGAGCAAACAGUGACAGCAGUAUGAACCUACCAGACUGGAUGGCAGUGCCCAAUGCCCCAGGGACCAACAUUGUCUCUGUGCAGGGUUAUAAGCAUACAGGAACCCUGCGGAGCUCCAGCAGUCCCAGAGGGGCAAGGACGCGCUCCCCGUCCCGAGGAAGAAUCGGAGACAAGGAGGACCGGAGCAGGCAGAGUCGGAGACAGGGCCCUACCCCUGCCAGCACAGCUGGACAAACCGCAGGCCAGCGGAGACGCCUUUACAGCGCUGUCCCUGGACGAGUCUUUGUAGCUACUCGAUCACAUUCUGCCCAGGGCGAGCGGGAAAUCAGCUUUAAUAAGGGAGACAGGGUCAAAGUGUUGAGUGUUGGCGAAGGUGGGUACUGGGAGGGGACGGUCAAGGGUCGCACAGGCUGGUUCCCCUCUGACUGUGUGGAGGAAGUGAUCCUUCGAAGCCAAGAAAACCGAUCAGAGAGUCGUGGAGAGCGGGCCAAAAGGCUGUUCCGUCAUUACACUGUGGGAUCCUAUGACAGCUUUGAUGCUCCCAGUGACUACAUAAUAAAGGAGAAGACAGUGCUUCUACAGAAGAAAGACAGCGAGGGUUUCGGCUUUGUGCUAAGAGGGGCUAAAGCUCAGACUCCUAUCGAGGAGUUCACCCCGACCCCGGCUUUCCCUGCUCUGCAAUACCUGGAGUCUGUGGACGAGGGAGGUGUUGCCUGGAGAGCCGGGCUCAGGAUGGGGGAUUUCCUGAUAGAGGUCAAUGGUCAGAAUGUGGUGAAGGUCGGUCACCGACAGGUCGUCAACAUGAUCCGGCAAGGGGGAAAUAGCCUGAUGGUGAAAGUUGUCAUGGUGACCCGCAACCCCGAUAUGGAGGAGGGUUCGAGGAAGAAAAUCCCCCAGCAGAGUAAGAGGCUGAGCACUCCGGCUAUCGCCCUACGAUCCAAAUCCAUGACUUCAGAACUAGAGGAGAUGGUAGAGAGAGCUGCUACCCCUUGGAAAAAAAAAUCAGAAUUCGAAUCCUCCCAAGUUACCGAGAAGAAGAGGACAGUCUAUCAGAUGGCUUUGAAUAAACUAGAUGAAAUUCUUGCAGCAGCUCAGCAGACAAUCAGCACCAAUGAAGCACCAGGGACACGGGGACAGGGGCCAAAAAGAGACAGAGGAAGAAGUUUCUAUGGCAAUGAGCCAAACUUCGGGGAUCAGUCCGGGAUGGGGAUGAUGUCGUCUGGGUUGGGCCUCGGCUAUGACCGUGGCCAGUUCACUUCAGGUCAUGGCCCACCGCACGGUAUGCUGCGGCAGAAGUCCAUCGGAGCGGUCGAGGAUGAAAGGCAAUUCCUGCAUCCUCCAGCCAUGAAGUUUGCUCGCAGUCUGUCAGUGCCCGGCCCAGACGAAAUCCCCCCCCCUCCCACCACGGCACCACCAGACCCUCCAUUCUCCUCUGCUCCGCCACUAGGUUGGAGAACAAAGUCAUCCCAGCAGCCCUCUGUCUCUGUGUCCCAGUCCACAGCCACCUCUGCACACUAUCAACCCUACUCCCAGCCAGUGCACUUCACCCAUGGGGGCAGGGAAAGGGCAGGGGGUCCAAGCACUGGCCCCAGUGGUGGAGCGGUGGACCACACCACUGCCUAUGCACACGCAGCUCCCCAUACUGCUCAAAGCAGGACUGCUUCGAGGAAGGUUACCUAUACCGGGGAGCCUGUUGGAGCUGGUACAGGGGCUGGUGGAGGGGCCAGGGCAGCAGGUCUUAGAAGAGGUUACAGCACAGCUGUCCCCCCAUCCAGCAUUGCCACUGUAAUGCCCCAGCAACAACAGCCUGCCCAGAGUCAGCCCCAUCGCGCAGACCGCAGUGCAGCUGGAGCAGGCGGUCCUAAAGGAGGGGCCCGGAGAGGUAAAGGCCCCCUGGUGAAGCAAUCCAAGGUAGAAGACCUGCGUUUGGGCCAGGGUACACUGGGGGGCAAAGGCACAGUGGAGAAAAGCUCCAUUCCCAUCCCAACAAUUAUUGUCAAGGCCCCUUCAACCAGCAGCAGUGGACGCAGCAGCCAAGGCAGCAGUGUGGAAGCUGAUGUUCCAGCAUCAGGGGAAACAGAUGAAGCCAAAACAGCUCAUGGUCCUCCUCCCUCCGGUCCUGCUCCACAGCCCCCUGCCCCACCUUCCAUCCCAGCACCGCCGCCUCCAUCCUUGCCCUCUAUGCGUGCCCAGGAUAAUAUGGACUAUACCAGCCAGUUUGGUGCUGCCAUUGUUGGCGCAGCUCGCCGAGACAGGGAACGGUUUCAUGAAGCCCGCCGAAAGAGCUCCUCAAUGUUCAUGUCUGCUGAUGAGGAUGUGAUUCUUGGGGGAGUGAGUGAUGGCAUAUCAAGGACUCAAGUGUCGCAGCAACAGCUUAGCACACAGGCUGAAAGUUCAUCGACACGGCUACGCCCCUCGAAGUCUAUUGAUGAGGGCAUGUUCUCCGGGGACAGCUUUAUCCAUCACACCCGCAGUAUGCCUCCAGCCUUUGGCCUACCUGAGUACUCCUCACCUGCCCAAGACUAUCAGCCCAAGUCUGUACCUACUGAUUUAUACACUGGCAGGCAGUCCACAUCCUCUAGUAACACCACCUUCAUUCACCCUCUAACAGGAAAGGCUCUUGACCCCACAUCGCCACUAGGUCUUGCCCUAGCUGCGAGAGAGCGUGCUCUGAGGGAUGACAGCAGGUUACGGAGGGGAACAGAUCACCACUUCACCCGCCAGAUGUCGAGUGGGGGGUUUCCUUCGUCUUCUGUCACCUCUCAGCCAGUGUCUUCCACUGCCCAGUCCUCCAGCUCCUCUUACCUGGUCACCUCAUCUUCUCUGGCUGCUACCACGGCCACUGUUGGCCGCCCACCCUCACCUAGAAUUCUCAGAGGAGUUGGGAGUCAGUGGAAUGAGGAAGGCGGUGGAGGAGAGAGGGAGCGAGAAGGAGGAGGGGCACGUGAGGGGCUGAGAGUUCGGUUUUCCGAAGAUAAAACGGUCCACACACACCACUACCAGUCCCAGCCGUAUCAGCCUACCUACAAGGAGAGGGAGAGGGAGAGGUCGAGGGAGCGGGAGAGGUCUAGGGAACGGGAGAGGGAGCUGUCACGAGAAAGAGAGAGGGAUCAAGAGAGGGAGGGUUAUUUGAGGAGGGCAGAGCAGGCUGCUGCCACUGAUAGUGCUGCUCAGCAGGCGUCCCAGCAGCCUCAGAGGCCCUCUUUUCUCAGGAUGGAAAGUCAAGCUGAUGCCUAUAUCUUGUCCCUCACCCCUCCCUCUCCUCCCCCUACCGGUACUCAGCAGACAGCGAACAGUACUGGGAGCACUGGGACUGGUUUGAUGGUUCUUCCUCCCCCUGCCCCUUCAAUUGAUGCGGACGAUGAGUUUGUCUACGCAGACCCUCUCCCACCUCCGUUACAGUUUGCUAACAGCUUCGACAGGGGAAUGGGGGGAAUUUCAGGGUACUCGCAACACGGGAUUCGCCCCAAUAGCCUGACUUCCCGCCAACAGCAGGUCCCACCCCCUCCACCUCCACCUCCUCCACCACCACCUCCAACAACCCAAAAAGAUUCAUUUAUAUGUGGGUUUCCAGCUCAUACACCCCUGCCCUCACCUCAGGCAGGGGACUCCACUGCCUCCAGCCUCACAUCUUAUGACAGCGAGGUGGCUAACCUGACUCAGUCCGCUCACUCCCCCUCCCAAACCUCACCCAACCCUCUGCCCUCUCACUCGCCCUCUACCCUGCAGCCCUCCUCAGUAUCAGGACCUCCGCCUCCCCCUUCAGUCUCGCCACCGCCUCCUCCUGGAUCCUAUCACAGACCCUUCUCUAUGUCCCACCCCCAUCACCUUUACAACAGCUCUCACACGCCUGGACGCUCAUCCCCCACGCCUCCCCCGCACACAGUUGCGCCUCCCCCGGCCUACCGUGGUCCCCCUGCACACUCCUCCACUGCUGCCACCCCUGCCACACAUAGGGGCACUGCCUCACAUGCCAUGACCGCUAGCUGUGCCACUACAACCACCGCUGCUGCCACCACAACAAGCACCUCCACUCAGCUCUACCAGGAGCGCAUACACACCACACAUACAACACCUUCCACUGCCAUUAGUCGCAAGACAGGGGAGCACCAUCGUCCUCCCCCCGCUGCCAAGAAAGGAGAGUCCCAGGAGACAGUGGUGGACUCUGGGAUUGAAGAGCUGGACAGCCGCAGCAGCAGUGACCACCACCUGGACAGCAUCCUGGCAGGUGGCCGGGGAGACAGGCUGGACCGCGCGGAAAGGGGAGGACGGAUUGGAGGGGGAGGUGGGACAGGGGAAUCAGAAAGGGGAGGAGAUUUUCUGGAGUCGUACAUGAGCUACCUGGAUGGACAAUCUUUUGAGAUGCAGAAUGCUACAGCAGCUGCCUCCACCUACCCGAAAAGCAACCGGUUCAGAGAGGGAGGUCGCACCAGUGAUAUGCACAGGCAGACCAGCACUGCUCCAGCAUCCUUCCACUCUCACAGACAAAGGGACGAGCAGACAGAGGACGAGGUUGAGGACGGAGUGGACGAAAGUGGCAGGGAUCGCUAUGGGGUGAGGGAUAUGCAUUUGGGACGUCCCGUUUCACCGUAUUUUGAUCGCCCUCGCACCCCUGAGAUGAAGCCUCUCUGGGACGAGGGGCAAAUGGCCGGUGACCAAUCUGCAGCACUUUUAGAGGGGAAGAAGAUUUACCCUCCUGCAUCCAGUAUGAAGCCAAGCAUCAUAAAUGAGCUGAACAGUAAACUGCAGCAAAGAACCAAGGACACCUGGAGCAGCCAGAGAGCACUGAGCAGACACAGAUUUUCAGAAGACUCAGCCUCUGCUCUUAGCCCCCCCUCUGCUCGAUCCACGUCACCGUCUCCGAUUUCAUUAUCGCAGCCAUCAUUGUCCCCAUCCCCGACCCCUGCUUCCCAGUACCCUAACUGGGGACGUUCCCCAUCUCCUCAACCUCAAGUUGCCUCUCAGCCUCCACGUUCUCACUCCCCCCUGUCCCCAACAGGUUAUUCCCCUUACCCCACGUCCCCCAAACACAGACCUGUGUACCGGACCAAAGCACUAGAAUUUCAGUUCAUCCCAAGUCGAGAGUCCCGUAAAGCAGAGUCACACAUGAUGCAGCGUAGGCGAGCACCCAGCCCCCUUAUCUCACCCUCAGAGAGGCCCAAGGUGGGUCCACCACGGCCAUCUUCCCUUCCGCUGCUCCCUACCACACCUCUAUACAGUGCUAUGUACGACCUACGAGGUUCAAUCACCCCACCAUCACCUGGAAACCCUCUUGGAGAUCCUUACUUCUCGCCUUCUCCUCCCCUGUUUGCCCCCUCUGGUGCCCCUCCUCCUCCAAACUCCACUUUAGUUGUUUCUCGUUCCCUCUCCCCAACUCACUUCCUGUCGGGGACCUCUUCUCCGCCCAUGCAUCCUCACCCUCCACCUACAUGCCUGAGUUAUCCCCAUCUCCCGCCCCCUUCCCCUACAAAGCCUUUUGCCUCCAAGCCUCUGCCCUACUGGACCAAGUACGACGUUGCAGACUGGCUAGGAUACCUGAACCUGGGGGAGCACAGAGAUCGUUUCCUGGACAACGAAAUUGACGGCUCCCACCUGCCCUCCCUAACGAAGGAUGACUUUCUGGAUCUGGGUGUAACGCGCGUUGGCCACCGCAUGAACAUAGAGCGUGCCCUGAGGACCGUAAUGGACAGGCUGUCCAGCAGCCCGUUUCCCAUUUCUGUUCUCUCACCUCGGGAUGGACAGACUGACAGGAGGAGGGACGAUGGGAGUCGGAGCUGAGGUUGCAAACGCAGAAGCAGAAGGAGAGAGGGGUUUGAGUCAAUGAGGGAGGAAGGCACAACUGCUGCUAUCCAUGGUGGAUUCACACAACAAAUUACGGGAGAACAGAUUUACACAGAGAGCGACAAAAAGAGGGAGACAAGUCCCAAAGGGAGAUGGAAACACAGGGAUGGAAAAAGAGCUUAUGAUCCAUAAAGACACCGGCUGGCGCUCCCCAGUUGUGGCAGGUUGAUUUACACAAGUACACUCCCCACAUGCAUGCAGUCACACCCAUCAACAAACAAGUAACACAAAUACAGUUUCGUCCAAAAUGCAUACAAAGACACUAUGGCUGAAGCAGAUUGUACAAGGGAAGGGAUGAAACCGAACCAAAUACUUGACAGGAACAAUCAAAAGCCUGUUAGAUUUUUUAAACAAAAUCAAGCAGGUUGUGAUGUUGCCGAGUUAGAAAAAAGGGGUCUGCAGCUGUUUGUUAAAUAUUGCUCUAACCCCUCAGCCAGCUGGUUAAAACUGUUCAGGUUUAAGAGUGGAGCCCAUCAAGAUUAUUUAGAGUGCAAUCAAUGACAACCCUGCCCCGUGUGAAUGGAUGUAAGUUUUAACUGUAUGUGUGAAUAUCAUUAAGGAAAGACUAUUUGAGAGUGAGGCUGCAGGUGUGAGGCUUUGCUGUCUGCAUGGUCAACGUAGGAAGACGCAGGGCAGUAUAUCAUGAAGGUGCAUACCGAUAACUGCCGUCCUUGAUUUAAAACCAAGGAGGCUGGCUUUGGUUCGGCUUUAAUUGGUUUUAUGUCUUGUUUUUACCUCACCGUUGGUAGGGCUCCUUCCUCACUGCAGGUCCUGUGAUCAGGAUCCGAUGUGUUUUCUCUAUAGCUCUUUAUCAUCUUUAGUCUUAUACUGACAUAUAUACAGACUGGUCACUGUAUCACACAUUUGUAGCAAAAAUAAGUGCCCAGACCAACAAAAUAAUAUAAAAAAUGUAAACACUGAUACACACACAGGCACCCGUAUUACUACUAUACACGCCUGCAUGCAUACACCAACAUGUAGACAUACACAUACCCACAAGCACUUGCAAGUGGUUGUGUUAGAGUUUAUGGGACACCUUAUAUAUAGCCACAUGUUGGGAUCCAAGAUAUACUUAUACAAAAGGAGACAGACUGUGCUUUCAACGUAACAAUGUGAAGAGAUAUCCCCCGAGGAUUUUAUUUAUGGAGAAAGACUUCCUUAGCGUCGGGACAACUGUUGUACAACAAUUCAGACCUUCCAUACGAGGGAGACUGGACAGGAGAGGGGAGGGGAAGAGGAAAAACUGCCAUUUACUUGCUCUUUCCCAACCAAUCCCCCCUUCUCCUUCCAGGAGAGGCCCCCCCCUCUCUCGACUAAAUCCAGGAGGAAACAAACAGCCACCCGGCCGAGGAGAUCUGAGAGGAACGCUUAUGUCGAGUUUUAAUACUAUGAUUGUUCUUACAAUUUUUAAACUUUAAAUGGGAAUACUGGAAUACUGAUAUUGAUAUGAAGAGAUUUAUUAUAACUAUUAAUCAUUACUUUCAUCGUCCUUACUGUGAUAGUUUCAGAGGGUUCCUGCUUUCUGCCUUUGGUGUCUGAUACGGCGCAUUGUGCAGUAAGUUUAUUUUCUGACUGUGAUGAAGAAAAUUGUCUUGGUUAUAUAUAUAAAUAUAUAUGUGUAUACUAUAAAUAGGUAUUUUUGAAUUAAAGAUGCAUAUUAUUUUGUGCACGGUACCCUUAACAUCGCUUCUAUGUGAUAAGAAGCAUUGCAACUUAAUGUGAAGCACAUUUCAGAUACUUUGUUUUUCUUUAUCCUUAGGCUACUGCUUCUCUUUCGUCAGACUGUGAGGCUUUUGACAAUGACAAAGAUGGCUUAAAAUAGGAUUCUUUUUUUCCUCUUUUAAAAGUUAGUUGGCACUUAAUAAUGUGCAGAUACUGAUUGUGUAGCAACUCUUAAUUUAGGGAUGCCAAUACACAAAAGUAAAAAUCCGUGUCAUUGUUUUUACAAAUCAUUUCGCACUAAGUUCCUUCUAUUUCUCCAUCAGCUUCCACUGCACAUGUACAUCUCCUUACAACUUCAGUCCUGAAUUCUCAUUGUUGCUGAGAUCAAAUAUAAGGGCUCUCUCAUGACCUCUCUACCUUGAACAACAGCUCACCUCUCCUGCUGCUUCGAGUCCUCGAACACAUAUCACACGUGCGUUUUACAUCGGGGUGUAGAUGGGGAGUUUCCUUACGGCCCUGCUAUCUAGCCUCACUGUUUUUGCAAAAAAGAUAAAUGAGUUUUCAAAAGUGCACAUACACAGAAAUGUGAAGGAGCAAAGGUGGUUUUGUCUCUGUAAAUGCUCGGUGCUGGUGGUCAAGGAGAGAUUGUAUUUGAAUGCAGAGGAAAUGGCAUUAAGGACGAUGAAAACAAUGGUCAUCUAAUUAUGGUUUAAGAUGUAAAAAAGUCUCAAAAGUUCUAAAGAAUCUCUGUCUUCCAAAUAAUGUUUAACAUAAAAAGGUACAAUGUAUUUAUUUAACUGUAGUGCUUUCUAUACAGUUCGACCUGUUCUCUACAUCUGCCUACUUCAACUGUUAAUAACCUGACAGUAUUAAGAGCUCCAGUCUGUUUUCUCCCAUCGUUUGCAUCUACUUGUUUGAACAUGGCAUUUUCUGCUGUCAAUGCUUACAGCUCAUUGUUUAUUACCAGCAUAUUAUGCAAUGACCCUAUUGCCAUUAGCAACUGUGGCUUUUCACAUUUCCCUUUAAAGGUUUUGCAUCUAAAAAAGGGCGUGUUUCUGAAAGGGUGAACAAGCAGAAUGUGGCAUCCUUUCCAAACUUGUUUCAUAGCCAGAUUCUACCUGUCCCUAUCAGGUCUCAAACAUUUGCUAGUGAAAAUAGGGCCAAUAAAUGACUGUGGAUAAGACAUAUUGAAGAUCACUUACUGAUGAAAUGAUCACAUACGAGAAAUCUAUUUUUGGGAGACUUGUCAUUAAUCCUUUCUUUGCGUUUUAAAGUAAUGAAUAUAUGCUGGCUCCUCAUUGCUGUCAGGAGAAAAGAUGGAAUUGGUCUCACUCUAUAGAAAGCAUUUAUUUUCCUUUAAGAGAUCUUUUAAAAAAUGAGAAUAUGAACUGGUGAAAAGUAACUUACAGAAUGUAUAUGUGAAAUACAUAUACAGUACACAUUCAUAUAUACAUGAAUUUAAAUUGUUUUAAGAGAUAAUAAAUUGUUAGAAUUAUAAAGAUACGGAAGCAAAGUUCUAUUUUAUUUUUCCUAUAAUGAAGCAUGUUUCAUUUCCACCUGGACACCUGUAGUACAUUUACUCCCUGGACAUUUUCUACUCCCUAGCUCACUUUAAUAAAAAAAAAACGCCCAAAAUGUGUCAUCACCCCAGCAAAUAGUCAUCCGGUUGUCAUGUUAAUUUGUUAUGUACUUUAACACCGAAUGAGAUCAAAUCCAUACCAAGUGAUCAAAUCCAAGUCAACAAAUUACAUCCAUUAAAUGCCCCUGCACACUAAAGCUACCCCCAACUGAUACCCUGUAUGCACAAAUGUGUCAAGUCAUUUUUAGGCCAUCAACAGAAAUGGUAGUUAAGACAGUGGUUACAAUAAUGUGAAUUAUUUUAAAAUCAAAACAGAACAUUUGUAGAAAAGUGAAGAACCAAAGUAAUUUUAAAGGACUUUUAUUUGAUUAAAAAAAAAUCCAAGCUAAUGCAGAAUAUUAAAAACAUACACAACCAAAUCACAUUACAACAUUGUACUAAAGAAGGUGCAGAGGGCCAGUACCUGAAAGAGAGCAAAGAAGAGCAGUCAGAAUAGUAUGAAUCCCACAUGGUUCACAAAAUUGUUUCAGAAAUCAUCUCCUCAGAGUCUGCCUUGUCAGGGGCAGAGCUGCACUUCUGUCAUCAGUGAUUUUCUGAGCCCAGUGCUAUACAUCAUAAGAGAUUAGCAUGCACAGUGUGCAGGAUAUUUAUGAAACACACCUGAUGCAAGUCCAGUCUUUAAAUGGUUUUACCACCUGAAUCACCUGAGAGAAAGAAAAAGGAAUAGUUAGUUUCUUGUUAUAAUUAUUACUUUUGAUAAUCAUGAACUCCUUUUCUCCUCAGAAACUCUGGCUUGUCAGGGCCAAAGAUGCACUUUUAUCUUCAUACUGACUAAGAGCCCAGUGCAAGUCAUCAGGGGAGAAAGACACAGCUAAAGCCACACUGGCAGUAGAUGGUAUGUACAUCUGAAUUCACAAGAAUAACCUCGUAGAUACCUGUUAUUCAAUUAAUACCGCAGACUACUACAGCAGAGACACAUUGGGGUGAAAUGUAUGAAUGCCUUCUUUAAUCUCAUAAAAAGCCCAUGAUCAUCCAGAAUAAGGUGUCUUGCAUAUUAAUAAUAAAGUGUCUGUCUCCAGUUUGGAGCGCUUGACAUGAGAACAUUGAUAUGUAACAUACCUGCAAGGUCCAGCCAAGGAGUGUUUCCACGUGUUGAAUGUGAUCUGAAAGGGACAAAAGUAUGUUUUAAUGUGUUGACAUGGCUAAAACAGUCAAGCAACAUUAGUUAAUUUUUCUCCUCAGAAACUCUGGCUUGUCAGGGCCAAAGAUGCACUUUUAUCUUCAUACUGACUAAGAGCCCAGUGCAAGUCAUCAGGGGAGAGGGACACCGCAUGACACAGUUAGCUACCAUGCUAAUCUAAGCUAGUAGGUUACCACGUGGAGAAAGGCCCGCUGGGCUACCAAUUUUCAGGCUAAACCAUCUAAAUUGCUGUGACGGUCAGGAAACGGGUGAGUUUAGAGUUCUGAUCCACAACAACCUUAAACACGUGUACCUUAAGUGGCCACAUGCGUUGCGUUUUAACCACAUGUCACAAUGUUAAGUCCGCAUUCAAUUUACCCAAACGUCAUUUUUGUUAUACAGCCUUCACAAAAGCGUCCAAGAUUGUGUUGCUGUUUGAUUAGCAUUAUUCAAACAUUAUUCACGCAACUUUAACGUUGUAAACAAUGAGUGUUACGUUAGCGUGGAUGUUACGUUAAAGUUAUCCUUAUUCAUCCACAGAGCAGGAACAUGCGGUAGAUUGUUGUAGAUGCAUCAAUGCAACACUUCACUUUACUCAAUACUAUAAUAACACAAAAUGUUAGUACUCAAGUGAAAUUAAUUUCAGCUUUUUUAAAAUCUUACCAGACCCACCGAUGCUUCAGUCGAGGCAGACAGAAAUCAAGUGACUGCUGCUGCCUCCUACUCGUCCUUUAAAUAUUAGCAGUAUGCAGCAAGUUUAUAAAAUCUUCUCCGCCGCCUACUGGUCUGGAGCACAAUAUUUACUAAAAACAAGUCUUAAGAUCUAACUACCUUAAUCAGGGAAUAUAAAUAAUAUUAUUUGAUGGCAGAUUCCAUAUUAAUCGACAAAUGCAUUGAGAAAUUAGCUCCACCUGAAUAUUUUGUUAAUAAAAUGAGCUGGAAAUAAGUUUUGCUGUCGUUGCCCUCCUGUGUUAUCAGCAUAACAUCGUGUUAUUUUACGUCACUAAAACACUAAAAAGCUUAAAUAAUCGCACAGAUGUUGACAUUGUCACAACCAAAUCUAGGUCAUAGGAAGAUAAAUGCUACAGGCCUUAAAGCAUUUUUCUCUGUGCUUAAGCAGGUUUCAAACACUUCUAGCACAUCCAAGGUGCGAGUCAACCUGCUUGUAGCACUAACAAGUGUAUUUCUGUCCUCUCGUGGCCACAGUGAGUAAUUCUACUUGUAAAGGAAAAUUCAAAACCACAGAGUUGUACUUCCGAAUGAUACUUUCAAAAUAAACCAUGUAAAAUACGUACUUGUACAUUUUUAAUACACGGGGAUUGACAUUGCCAGCAUUACAUGGAGGUAAAAGAGAACGGAAACGCAACAUGUUAAACAAACCUUACAGUAAUAUUUCUUAUAAAAAGUUACUUUAAAAAUGUGUGUACUUGUGUUCCAAGCGCUACCUACAUUUCAGGCAUUCUCUGCCCUCUAGUGGCCUCAGUGCGCAACUACAUCUACAUAUUGUCAAUGUCUUAUAUAAUGUUACACUUCACUCAGUCCUACAUUGUCAGAAAAAAAUAAGGUAAAAGAAAAAAACAAUCCUUCAUCUUCGUUUCCUUAAAUCUAUUGUAUUUUCAAUGUUUUAUUUUAAUUAUUAUCUUCCAUAUAUGAGUUGUUUAUUUGUAUUUUUGUUGUAUGUUAAUGCUAAUGUAAGAACUCUAUGUCUGAAAAUGUGCAGUAUAAAUAAACCUACCUUUUCUGUAUACUUGAUGUAUGUAUAGGAUUUACAGUCUAUGGUAUUU